AUGAAUAGCCUUCCAAUGUCCGAGACACCAGAAAGGCUAGAGAGCCAACUCUUUGUUUCUGAAGAUGAUGAAGAUGUUCUGAUGGAUACCAGUGGGGCCGAAAAUGGCGAGGAAAACGACCCUGUGGUUAAUGAAAUACCGAUCAACCUCACAAACGGUCCAUUCCCCAUUCAUAUUAUUCAGUAUCCAAAUAAACCUCGGAAAACAGCACACGACGCAGUGCUGCACCCGCCGGUAAGUAAUGUGAGAUACAGGACGAAAUCAGCCCUUUGGGAACUGGAUAUACCUGCAAACACCGAAGUUUUCUAUGACAAAAACAGAGCUGAAGACGAUUGGGAGUCAGUAGCGCACCAGACCCUGAAGGGAGUUAGUGUAAACCGUGAUGGGCAGUACGUGGGGAUGAUGUCAGAAAACCAGCUGUAUUUGAUUCCAGUGCACGCGAUAGCCCAGGUGAGGCCAUUUUUCAAAUAUAUAGAUACAGCCGCGGCCAACAAUAAGCGAGAUGAUGACGACUCGAGCUCUGCACAAACAGCUAACCCACAGGCGAAAAAGGCCCAGGUGGUCACAAUGUCGGUGAAAAGCAGUAGCGAAGCCAACCAACAUCGGCUAGGUGGGUCUUUGCUCGCCCACAAGGUGGCAGACGAGGAAAGGUAUCAAGAGCUGGAGUGGAUCGAGGGCACUUUCCCGCAAUUUAAGGAAAGCAUCAUCACGGAAGAGGCUAGGGUUUCUCUCAAGGCCGUGGGAGAUGAAAAUGACUAUUUAUCAAAAGCUAUGUAG